AUGGAAUAUUUUGAAAAUUUACGUGAAACCAUUAAAGAUGUUCCGGCAUCAAAUAUAUUGAAUUUCGACGAGACCAACUUAAGUGACAAUCCGGGAAAUUCCAAGUGCAUAUUCAAGAGAGGGGUGAAAUAUCCCGAAAGGGUCCUCAACUCUACAAAGGGGGCCAUAUCAAUCAUGUUCUCUGGAACAGCGGCUGGUGAAAUCUUACCAGUCUACGUUGUUUACAAAGCCGACAACUUAUACUCGGAGUGGAUACAGGGCGGGCCUCGUCAUACCAGAUAUAAUCACACCAAGUCAGGCUGGUUUGAUUCUCAAACUUUUGAGGAUUACUUUAAACGAAUCGUCCUGGAUUGGGCGAGUGGUUUGCCCGGGAAAAAAGUUGUUAUUUGCGACAAUCUAUCGAGCCACUUAAGUGUAAAUAUUAUCGAGCUCUGCGAAAGUCAUGAUAUUCAGUUCGUUUUAAUACCUGCAAACUCUACACAUUUGACGCAGCCACUCGAUGUGGCAUUUUUUGGACCGCUUAAGAAAAUAUGGCGAAAAAUUUUACUUCAAUAUAAAAUGGAGAAUCCAAAUCAAUCGACACUUAAUAAAAACCACUUUCCAAAGUUAUUGAAGUCUUUGAUUGAUCAGAUCCAGCUAACAGAGUUAAAGAAUAUCAAAAGUGGUUUUAAAGCUUCUGGAAUCAGCCCUUUCAACCCUCGUGAGGUGAUAAAACGGAUACCUGAAUAUCACGAAGAGUUACAGUCUUAUACAAUAGACGAGACCCUGCUCUAA